GUGGGACUGUGGGACCCCUGCGCCCCGGCCGUGCCUCCCGGACGGGCCGCAUGCAUCCCUGCGGCACAUCUGCCCCGGGGGACCGCCUUCCUCUCUCCUGCCCCCUUUACCUGGCUGCCUCCAGCAGCCUGAACGCGGAAACGGGAUGGACAGGCUCUCCCAAGAAAGCUGUCACUUUCUCCGCGAAGGAGCUUGUGCAGGGAGCCCCCCCUUUCAGUGUGGGUUGAAGACCCUGGCUUGGUCGGGUUGUUUCCAUCUUUAACUGUAGUGUUUCUACCACAGUCUCCUUACAUCCUUCUUUGCUCUUCUGAUGGUCUUUGCGAGUGUUUCAGCAAGAACAUGGCUUUAGUUAGGGUUCGUGACCUACCGAGGCAUUUCUUUGACGAACAUCUAUCUUGGGCAGGCCAACGCGUGCAGUGCUGGAGUGACCGCAGUGGACAGGGAGGGGUCAGCCCUGUCCUCCCCCUGAGGACGUAAAUUAGAAAUCACGGCUCAACCCUGGAUGGCUGUUCCAUAAGGUCAAGACUGAGUCCCCUCCCUUCUCUCACUUUACCAAUGCCUGGUCUCAUGGGGUUAGUUUUGAGCCCCAUACUAUGGCAUCAUCAUCCUCCUUCCCAGCUCCUCGCUCCCGGUCCAAGAAGCCUCUGGGCAAGAUGGCUGACUGGUUCAGGCAGGCCCUGUCGAAGCCCAGGAAGCUGCUGGACUCUGCAGAGAGCACCUCCAGGGACGUUUCACAGCCGAGCUCCCGGGACGACCCCCCACCCCUGGGCCUCAGCUCAGCCUUGUCUCGCACGCCCCCGCCCACACACGUGGGUGCUAGCAGCAGCAGCGGCCGCUGGAGCAAGGACUAUGACGUCUGCGUGUGCCACAGUGAGGAGGACCUGGUGGCCGCCCAGGAGCUGGUCUCCUACCUGGAGGGCAGCACCGCCAGCCUGCGCUGCUUCCUGCAGCUUCGGGAUGCGACCCCAGGUGGCGCCAUCGUGUCUGAGUUGUGCCAGGCCCUGAGUAGCAGUCACUGCCGGGUGCUGCUCAUCACCCCAGGCUUCCUGCAGGACCCGUGGUGCAAGUACCAGAUGCUGCAGGCCCUGAGCGAGGCCCCUGGGGCGGAGGGCCGCACCAUCCCCCUGAUGUCGGGCCUCACCAGAGCAGCCUACCCUGCUGAGCUCCGGUUCAUGUACUUCGUGGAUGGCCGGGGCCCCGAUGGUGGCUUUCGCCAAGUCAAGGAAGCAGUCAUGCGUUAUCUGCAGACCAUCAGCUGACACUUCUUACAUCACCAUGGGACCCAGAAAGUUGGAGCGAAGCUGAAAAUCCAGUUGAGAGAGCCCAGGGCCUCACAGGGCCUCGGAUUCCAGCCACUGUGACGAGGUGUAAGGAACCAAAGUUUGUAGCACUUUGUAUGUAAUCCUGGGGUUCAGAUUGCCCAUCGGGCACCCAUUACUGUAGGCUCCCCAGGAAGGCCGUGGGGAAGCUGGGGACUCCCCCAGGAAGGUCAUGGGGAAGCUGGGGACUCCCCCAGGAAGGCGUGUGGAAACUGGGGACUCCCCAGGAAGGCCAUGGGGAAGCAAUCAUAGGUGUUAGGAGGUGCUGAUACCAAGAUCACCCAUGUUUUGCCUCCUGCCUCACUGGACACACACAGCCUGGCACAUACCUACAUCUUCUUCCCCUGGAACUGGGCACUGGGAUAGAGAAGCAUCCCCC